CAGUGACAUAUGAUUUAAUUCCUUUGUUAUCCCAUUUGCAAAGCAAUAUUUUGUUUUUUUAUGUCUGUUUAAAAUAAUUUUUAAGAAAAUCCUGAUUGAAUGCUUAUCAGCUGCUUAGCAUGGAAGUUGUAAGUAGUGGCAAUUCUGACCAAUGCGAAGGAAAGACAAAUUCAAAUUCGAGAAGACGACCUAGAAUUUUACCGUGUUAUAUUUGUGGAAGACCGUUUAGUAUCAGUUCGAUCAAUAUACACGAACCUCAGUGUUUGAAAAAGUGGAACAUUCAAAACGACAAACUACCAAAAGACAAGCGAAGACCGGAACCUAAAAAACCUGACUUUGUUUUCACUCCUGUUGGAGAGUUAAACUAUGAAGCGACCUUCGAUAGAAUUUGGGAUAAUCACUUAUCCGAGUUGAUUCCUUGUAACCAAUGUGGUAGAACUUUUUUUCCAGACCGAAUAGAAAAGCAUGAAAGAGCAUGUGCAGGAAAUGGAUUAAAAGUAAAAGCUAUAAAAUAAUUUCAUUAAAACACUAAUGUGUAUAUUCACUUUCAAAUAAAAAUAUGUACUCAAU